UGAAUACAGCUGUUGAAGUUUGCGAUCUUGGGAAGACUAAAAAAUUAUUGUUUGACUAAGCAUCGAAGAAGAAAAUGUUGAUCAAAUAUCUUAUUGUCCGUUCAUCAUUGUACCGAGUCAUCGGAAAAAGCUAAUACAGCACUUGAAUCCAUUCAUCAUUGUCUUACCAUGGCAUUAGAACUUGUUGGUGGUGCUCUUCUUUCUGUUUUCCUUGAUGUUGCAUUCAACAAGUUAGCUUCUUCCCAAAUUCUCGAUUUCUUUCGUGCAAGAAAGCUUGAUGAGAAGUUGUUGAACAAUUUGAAAACCAAGCUGAACUCCAUCCAUUCUCUGGCUGAUGAUGCAGAGAGAAAGCAGUUCACAGAUCCACAUGUCAGAAACUGGCUGCUUGAGGUCAAAGAUGCUGUCCUUGAUGCAGAGGAUCUCUUGGAUGAUAUACAAAUGCUCUCAAAAAGACAAGCGGAUGCUGAUUCUGAAUCUCAAACCUCUGCAUGUUGUACGUUCAAGGUACUCAAUUUCUUCAAAUCUUCUCCUAUUACUUCCUAUAACAAGGAAAUUGAGUCUAGGAUGCAAGAAGUCCUUGACAAACUAGAAUUUCUCUCAAGUCAAAGGGGUGAUCUAGGAUUGAAAACAGCUAGGGCUGUUAGAUCUGGGUUGAGCAGUGAACUGCCACAGAAAUCACAAACAACAUCGUUGGUUGUUGGAACUGAUAUUUAUGGCAGAGAUGAUGAUAAAAAACAUAUCGUUGACUGGCUGAUAUCUGACACCAACAAUUCUAACCAGCCAUCAAUACUUUCUAUUGUGGGAAUGGGUGGGCUGGGUAAGACCACACUUGCCCAACAUGUAUUCAAUGACCCAAGGAUAAACGAGGCUAAAUUUGAUGUCAAAGUUUGGGUUUGUGUUUCAGAUGAAUUUGAUGUUUUCAAAGUAUCAAGAGCAAUUCUUGAGGCUGUUACUAAAUCAACUGAUGAUAGUAGGGAUUUAGAGAUGGUCCACACAAGAUUGAAAGAAAAUUUGACUAAGAAAAAAUUUCUUCUUGUUUUGGAUGACGUUUGGAACGAGAACCAACAUAAUUGGGAAGAAGUGCAGAAGCCCCUCAUGUUCGGAGUCCAAGGGAGUAGGAUUCUAGUCACUGCACGUAGCAAGGAAGUUGCUUCUACCAUGCGGUCAGAAGUUCACUCCUUAAAGCAAUUACAAGAAGAUGAUUGCUGGAACUUGUUUGUUAAAUACGCAUUUAAAGACAUUGAUACUCAACAAAAUCCAGAGUGCACGGAGAUUGGCAAGAAGAUAGUUGAAAAAUGUAAAGGACUACCUCUAGCACUGAAAACAAUGGGAAGUUUAUUAUACAACAAAUCAUCUGUUUCAGAGUGGGAAAGUGUGUUCCAAAGCGAAAUAUGGGAAUUUUCACAAGACCGUUGUGAUAUUAUCCCUGCUUUAGCAAUGAGCUAUAUCCACCUUCCUUCCCAUCUGAAGGUUUGCUUUGCUUAUUGUGCCCUGUUUCCCAAGGAUUAUGAGUUUAAGAAGGAGCAUUUGAUGCACUUGUGGAUGACUGAAAAUCUCCUACACUGUCCUUCAGAAAAAGUUUGUCAACAAUACUUCAAUGAUCUACUAUCAAGAUCCUUCUUCCAACAAUCAGGUAAAAAUGAAGUAUUUGUAAUGCAUGACCUUCUAAAUGAUUUGGCAAAGUAUGUUGGUGGAGGCAUAUACUUUAGGUGGGAAGUUGGUCAAAAAGAAAAGAUACAAAAAGCAACUCGUCAUUAUUCAAUUAAACUUGGACACAAUCAAUAUUUUGAUGGGUUUGAAACAUCAUGCAACACAAAAAGGUUACGUACAUUUAUCCCGACAGGUAGGAGAAUUCAUUCUCUCGCCCGUUGGGGUGUCAAUAUGUCGAUGCAUGAAUUUUUUUCCAAGUUUAGGCAUUUACGAAUUUUAUCUCUGUCUUAUUGUUCUAAGAUUAGAGAGCUGCCUGACUCUAUUGCCAAUCUUGAGUAUCUUCGUUCCUUAGACCUCUCCCAUACUUCCAUUAGAAUACUAACUGAAAAGAUUUGUUCACUCUCCCACUUGCAAAUACUGAAGUUGAACUACUGUAGCGAUUUGGAGGAGUUGCCCUCAAACUUGCAUUUACUCACCAAUUUGUGUCUCCUUGAAUUGAUGGAGAAUAUUGUGAAAAAGUUGCCGCCAAGUUUGGGAAAACUGAAGAAUCUUAAAGUAGUCAUGCGAUCCUUUCAUGUUGGGCAUGGUAGGGAGUUCGGUAUUCAACAGCUAGGAGAGCUCAACCUUGAUGGAAGUCUAUCAAUUAUGGAGCUACAAAAUAUUGAAAAUUCAUUGGAUGCAUCAGAAGCAUAUUUGAAGAAUAAAACACUCCUUGUGAGGCUAGAGUUGCGAUGGGAAUGGAAUAGGGACUCUAUUGAUUCGAAGAAAGAAGAAGAGGUAAUUAAGAAUCUGCAACCUUCCGAAAACUUAAAGGAGUUGGAAAUUUUAUUCUAUGGUGGGAAACAAUUUCCAAAUUGGUUACAUUCAUUACCGAACCUGGUGGCCUUAGAGUUGUUUGGAUGUGAAUCUUGCGAGCAUUUACCUCCCCUUGGACUUUUACCAUUUCUGAAGGACUUGAGUAUUGAUAGACUUGAUGGGAUAGUGAGUAUUGAUGCUGAUUUUUAUGGGAGCAACUCUUCUUCAUUUAAGUCCCUGCAAAGUUUGGAAUUCUCCAAUAUGGAACAAUGGAAAAAAUGGGAAUGCAAAGCAGGUGUUUUCCCACGUCUACAAUAUCUUAGUAUAAUUUCAUGUCCUAAGCUAAAAGGAGAGCUGCCGGAGCAACUUGUUCCUCUGAAUAAAAUACAUAUUAGAGACUGCCAACAACUUGAGGCUUCCGCUCCCAGGGCUCUAGAUUUAAAGCUAUAUGAUUGUGGAAAACUACAUUUGGAUUGGGCUACCAUGAAAAGUCUCUUAAUGGAAGCAUCAUUGACUGAAAUUGUUAGGUCUGACACUGUUAAAUACUUGAAAAUUACCUUGGAGACAAUAAGUGAUGAUUGUGUCUCUCUAAGGAUCUUUCCAUUGGAUUUCUUCCCAACACUCUGCAAUUUGUAUCUUAGUGGGUUUCCUAAUCUGCAAACGAUUUCACAGGACCACAUUCACCAUCAUCUCGAGCAUAUGACAAUCAAAGAGUGUCCUAAAUUUGAAUUAUUGCCUGCAAACAUGCAUACGUUGCUUCCAUCUCUCAAUGCGCUAAACAUAGAAGACUGUCCAAAACUUGAGUCGUUUCUUAAGGGAGUUUUGCCAUCAAAUUUAAAAUUUAUGAGACUCAAGAGUUGCUCUAGACUGCUUGUUGACUCACUGAAAGGAGCAUUCAGAGACAAUCCUUCUCUCGAAAGAUUGUCCAUUGAAAAAGUGGAUGCAAAAUGUUUUCCUGAUGAAGGUUUGCUUCCACUCUCUCUUACUCAACUAAGCAUCUCUAAUUCUCCAAAUCUAGAAAAACUGGACUAUAAGGGUCUUUAUCAACUCUCAUCUCUUCAAUCAUUGCGUCUUGAUAACUGCCCCAACCUUCAAUGCUUACCAGAGGAAGGCCUUCCAAAAUCAAUUUCACAUCUUCACAUAGGUCGUUGUCCUUUGCUAGAACAGCGUUGCCAGAAAGAAAGAGGUGAAGACUGGGAAAAAAUUUCUCACAUUCAAGACUUGUAUAUACACUAGUGAUGGAUUUGUUUCUUCUCACUUACAUGCUAACCAUUGCAUGAUUUAUUAUUUAUUCUCACUGUGUAUAUAUAUAUACACGAGGAUAUACCCAAAUCGAUGGUAAACAUAAUUUCUUUAGAUAUGGUGGUAAAUUUUAAACAUACUUAGAUGAUAUUGUUUAAAACAAAAUUAUAU